AUGAAAUCAUAAAAUUUCUUAAUUUCUUUGAAAUAUAUAAAUCAUUUUUUAUUAUUCCAUAUUUUAUUAUUUCCAUUAAUUCAACUUGGUUAUCAUUAAUAUUUUAAUUAUUACAUAUAAAAAUCUUAUUUAAUUAUUCUUUUAUUCAAAUACCAUAUAAUAGUAUUUUUUUCAUUAUAAAAAUUAAUUAAUCCAUAUAAAUUUUUUGUUAAUUUUUUAUAAAUCUAUAACAUGAAAAUAAAUAAUGAUGCAGCUUAAGUUAUUGUUCCUAUUGUGGCACAAUCAUAAGAAAUUGAUGAUGAAGGAAUAUUUAAUCAAAUUUCUAAAACUCUUGGCUGGUAUUAAUAUUUCCCUUCAUCCAUUGAUAAUUCUAAUCAAAAGUUUUCAACUAAUGAUAACUAAUGA